AUGGUAGUUACCAUUGAUGGCAAAGACUCUCAAUGGUUAGUUUUGUGCGACGGGGCCCAGAUUCUAAUUCAGAUGAAGAUCGUCAGACGUACUCUCUAUGACAGAGGUAUUUACACUCUUGGAUCCGGCUCUGACUACGCCUCACUCUUACAAAUAAUCGGAAUAUCUGCUCUCGAUGUGAGGUAUAGGUAUGAUCACGUAGCAGUCCCAGUCCGCUCUUACCCCAUGUACCACUCGGUGUAUGAGACCUUUGACCUCGUAGCCAAUUAUUACGACCCAUCCUUCAAGUUCAUGCUCGCCAUCGGCCAACUCAUGGGCGAGAUCAUGCGACAACUCGCCGACUCCGUCGUUAUACCCAUGGACGUCGCCGACUACGCCAGAGCGGUCGAUAUGUUCUUCAUCGAGCUACGAGGUGGUGAUAUAGGAACGAGGAUGGUUCAAGAAGGGCUAUCUUUCGAGUACAUGGAAUCGGCAGUAAAUAAUCUUACAACCGAGGCAAACGCUUUCAAAGAAAGACUGACAGAUAUUGACAAAGAUGAUAUAUUAGCCGUACGUGCCGUCAAUGACCAGAUAAUGUAUCUGGACAGAAUGUUUAUCGAUCCGAUGGGCCUUACCAAAGAUAGAAUCGAUGAAAAACAUGUCAUCUUCGCACCGAGCAGCAAGAACGCUUACGCCGGAGAAAAGUUUGCGGGUAUCGUGGACGCCAUGUUUGAUAUCGAUAACAAUGCCGACCCUAAUAAAUGGGAGUACGUCAAAAUGGAACUUGCCCAAGUCACCUACUUUAUCCAGUCGGCAGCUUACAUGUUGCAACCUGUCGCGUAGAUGUCCAUGCGUUUGUUGAUAUAACACACAACAUAAAGAUGAUGUACAGAACGUUUUAAGAUUUAAAAAAAAUACAUUCCACCGAAAAUAUACUUGAUUUGUGGUAUUUUGUUUGUUUUAAUAUUUAGAAUGUUGUACCAGAUUUGGUCAUAAUUAUUCAUCUGUUUAGAUAUACCUUUGACACAAUUGUGAACUCAUAUGCUAUUAGAAUGAAUACCACUUUUUUCUUAAGACAUAUUUUUGAACCUAUCCACGCUAUUUUUUCCUUCAAAUUCCUCUUUGUUCUUGGUC